AUGAGAGUCCAUUGUAUUGACGCAAACGAUAUAUUCCUGUCUAUCGUUGAGACCAUUGGCCGCGUAUUCCCUGACGUUGUAAUCAAGCGUUUCAUUGACCAGAAUCUGGUUGUCGUCGGUUCUGAUGAUAACGUUAAACAAUGCCAUGUCUUCGAUGCGAUUCACCACAAACCACACGACACGCAAAGUGUUUCGCCGCCUUCGGGACCAUUCAAUCGCACGAAUCCUGACAUCACUUUUGCCCACAAAUUUCUUUCAACUAUUGACGACAAUGUAUUGUUUCCACUGAACAAAAAACUUCAGUCGUUAUCACUGAUGAGAACUGUUAUGAACAAAGUUCCCGAAAGUGCCGUAAAUAAGUUGUCAAACUUAACGCGUCUCGUCUUCUCUGGCAAUAAGCAUGUGAUUGACGUAAAGAACAAUGCAUUCAACAAAUUAACCAAUUUAUUAGAUCUCGAUUUAAGUGAUAAUUCAAUCGCUAAACUGGAGGCCAAUUCAUUGAAUGGUUUGACUUCUUUGGAGAAUCUAUACUUAAGUAGUAAUAAAUUAGCAAAAAUUGAGCGAAACUUAUUUCGUUCGCUUAAGAAACUCAAACUUCUGGAUCUGUCGCACAACUCAUUCAAAGAGUUGGGAAAAUCCGAUUUCAAUGACUUGAUAACAAUUACAACAUUGAAUUUGUCGUACAAUGAGUUACAAGAGUUGCCCCGAAGUAUAUUUGCCCGGAGCUCUCAGUUACGUGUCCUCGACUUAUCUUACAAUCGACUUAAAGUCAUUGACACCUAUAUGUUAAGAGGUGUCAGAUUUCUCAAAGACUUUCUGGUCAAAGGCAAUGCCAUCCAAGAAGUGGCCCGCAAUUCAUUCUCCGCCACCACUCGUCUCAAGACAUUAGAUUACAGCCUUUUGGACAACCUUCACAAUCUCUUGCUCUACAAAUUUCUGUACGUUACCAACCUAUCUAACCUAAAUUCGGCAUUAGCCUUCCCACGGAAAGUCGCAUACAAAGUAGUGGCCAUCGAUUUGAGUCAUAACAAUAUAUCAGUGAUUGAAUUUAAAGCUUUCCAAGAAGUGGCAAAUAUAUCCGAUUUGAAUCUCUCUUACAAUCAGAUCGAGAAAACACAACGAAUGGCAUUUGACUCAACGGAUGUGACUUCACUACAUCUCAAUCAUAACUUAAUCGCAAACCUCUCGAGAGUAGACAUCUUUGCAAACAUGUCUGGACUUCGGUUCUUGAAUUUAAGUCACAAUCAGAUCACAGAAUUGGGUCGAAAAGACUUUACGCCUAAACGCUUGUACGAAAUGCAAACCAUUGACUUGAGUCACAAUCGCAUUGAAGACAUCUCUGGCAAUGUGUUUGAAAAGUUUGGAUCCAUUCGUUUCAUUGAUUUGCGACACAAUUUGUUGCGCAAAAUCGGUUACUCAUCGUUUGGAAGCACUCCAACACUUCUUGAGCUCGACAUCUCUCACAACAACAUAACAGAGAUCACUAACGGAGGCGUCUCUUCAUUGGUCUCCCUCGACAUCUCUCACAACAACAUAACAGAGAUCACUAACGGAGGCGUCUCUUCAUUGGUCUCCGUGAAGACUAUUUACGCGAAUGACAAUCGCAUCAGAUUUUACAAAGGGGAUACUAAUUGCGUAACGACCGUAAACCUAGUGUUAUUUUUAACGGCUCUCGAAGACCAUUCAUUCGCCAACUGUUUAACGCUUCAAAACCUAUCGUUAAGUCAUAAUCAUCUGCAAGAAGUGCCCAUCAGAUCACUCAAGUCAUUGAAUUCACUUCAGUUCCUCGAUUUGAGCUCCAAUAAGAUCCGAGCGAUAAAUACCCGGGCGUUCGGCCGAAUGGGUGUGUUGUUUGACAUCCGUCUUGACUACAAUCAGAUCCAAAAUAUCAGUGAAUUGGCUUUCGAUGGUUUGCUGCAACUCUUGAGACUUAACAUGAGUUUCAACGAAAUCUCUGAUUUAACGCCGGAUGUGUUCACUAGUUUAGUGUCUCUGCAAUCACUGGACUUAUCGCACAAUCAGAUCAAAAAGUUGGAGAAUAAAACUAACGGCAUAUUUGAGCCCUUAUUGUCGAUGCAAUACUUGAAUCUUUCGCAUAACUCCAUAUCACUCAUCAAAGACAAGUCAUUCCCCUCUUCGCCGUGGAUUCCCUGUAAACUCAAACACUUAGAUCUCUCACACAAUCUGAUGCCAGUGUUGACCACUUAUUUUGAUAACGGACUCACGUGUGUCGAGUGGCUCUCACUUAAGGACAAUAUUAUUAAUGAGAUCCAAAUGAAUGUGAUUUCAAAUUUGACUCAAUUAACACAUUUAGACCUUUCAGGCAAUCAAUUGAGAAAACUAUCCAAAGGCUUGUUUGGAGAUUCUUUGAAUAGAUUGCGGCGAUUGUCGGUCGCGGACAACAAACUAACCGCUAUUUUUAUACAAGAAUUGAUUCAAUUAAAAGCCAUUCAAGAGUUGGACUUAAGUGGCAAUCAUAAUCAUCUGUUCUGUGACUGCCAUUUGUUGCCAUUACUCGCGUGGAUUGUCACUGAUGUGCACAAAUCGGAACUGGAGGGCCGGCCAUCCCUUGUCCGCGAGCACUGGUCAUCAGUCAAAUGUCGGGAUCCGUUAAUUCUGGUCAACGAAUCGUUCGUUGAUCUAAAACCCAAUCAAUUGAUGUGUAAAUCAGAAGUUUUGGACAAAUAUUCCAAACAAUUUGUGGGCAAAAGUGAUGUCAGGAUUCGUGCGAUUGAAUGGUCCCNCUUGUCCGCGAGCACUGGUCAUCAGUCAAAUGUCGGGAUCCGUUAA